GUCCCGAUGCACAAAAUCCCCAACAUCCCCUUGGGCAAGGUUCAACAACGGCACGUUGUGAGGCUUUACUUACCACGGCUCUACAAUGCAGACUGGCAAGUCGGCCAAUUGGCUCCGGACAAAUUGGCUCAAAUAUAUGACCGCUGCCUCCGUCCUACGAUGAUGGAAGCUGUACCCGAGUCUUGCGACAAAUGGCCGACCAGUUAUGCAACCGCAUACGCACAGUCCAGGACUCGCACCGGGUCACUCACUUUCAGCAGCGCGGACAUUCCCUGGUAUAGGUUAGAUCAUGUUGCGACGACUCUGAUAGCUAAACUUGCAGAUCUGGGGCCUGCGUUCAGGGACGCCUAUUUUGGGCACGAGUUGAGAGGAACGAAAGGUGCUACCAUACACAACGGGAGGGAUGAGGAUGAGCGACGCCUCGCAAUGGAAGAGUUAUUUGAGCAUGUCGAUGUCGACAGCCUGAACGCUGAGCAAUGGCACGUGGAUGUCGGACUUACGAUCAGCGUACCAGGCCACAUCGUCACAUGGCGCGAAUCUUCUCACCACGAGCUCUUGAGCCACCUGAUGCCUGCCGCAUCUGCACAGCAGAUCUCUCGCCUGAUCAAUAAUAAGGCGCGGUUUCAUCUGGACCGCACAUUGCAGAUCAAGGAAUUUGCCGGCUUUCGUGCAACUACCGCCCGUUGUGCAGGUGCAUCCGGCCUAUCAUAUGUGCAGGCGUAUUGCACCGAGAAGAACGUGACGUACUCUCUAAACCCAGGGGUGUUCCGUCGACGUCAGGCUCAAGAGCUUCUGCAGAAGGAGACCGAAGACAGGAUACUGAAAGACAUGGAUGUAAUGAGUAAUAUAUUUUUUGAAUGCGCUGGUGAAGGGGAUGUGGAAGGUCGCGAUGGCUGCGCCCGCUUGGAGAUUCGGGUUCCGUUGGCCGAUGCCAUGAACUCAUUGUAUACCCUCCCCGAGGAGCUUAUUCAGCGCUCUGUUAUCGCUAUUGACAGAAGAGUAUGGUGGUAA